ACCUCAAAGCAAUUGCUUGGCUGUUUCUCUCUCACUGACGUCAAGCGGAUAACUUGGUGAUGUUCUCUGUCAGGUACGAGGACAAAGGACGUUAUGUUAUUUAUACGUUACGUUACGUUACGUUACAAGCGAUAACCAUACAAUCACAUCGAUAACGAUUAUCUUCAAUCCCAAGCUCGUUCGUUUUCUUGAUCCAUUAUACAACUUUUAUCUUCAAUACUCACAUCUACGCGUGUUGGCUGGUUCUCACAGCAUUUGCCAGCCCUCAAUUGACUCGACUUCUCCAACAUGUCAUCUCAACCCUCGACCAUCGAUCAAUUGAAGAAUACAGCUUCUUCCGCAUACGAGACUGUAGCCAACAGUGUAUCUGCGAUGUCUAAAGAUGGCGUUUAUGAUCCUGACCAAGACAAGAACAUGGUUGGAAAAGAUGCACAUGGGAACAAGUUUAGGAAGGGCGAUUUUAAAGAUAAAUUGAAUCAAGCUGCUUGUGGGGGGCAACCAGAAAAGGAGGAAGAAAGCCUGACAGAGAAAGCAUUUUCGUGGAUACCAGGUAUAAGCGCAUUACAAAAGUCAACUUUGGAACAAGGACCAGAGGACACGACGGUGAAGGGCAAUGAAGCACCCCCAGUUCGGCCACAACACGAUGUGCCAAUUGAACAAUUUUUGAGAAAGCAAUACCAUAGCAGAAGUGGAGAUGGGAUCCCAAACCCGAGGGAAAGUAAUUGA